UGAUCCAUCAUGAAUCAUCGAGAGGAGCUCAAGCAGAGUCUGAGUAUGCUGCCUCCACAGCAGCCCCAACUUAGGCCUACAUGGAAUUGAAGCGGGGCCGGCCUUUCUUCAGAGAACGCUUUGUUUUGGUUCUGUAAUCAAACUGGUAAAUUCUAACUCUCCUUUUAUUAGACACCAGAUUCCCCUGGCCCAUGAGGCUAAUUCAUCCCACUGCCAGGGCAUGUAAGAAUCUUCAUGGGAGCCAGAACGAGCUGCAGACCUUCCAUCAGAUCCAAAGGCGGACCCGUCGGCACCGGACCAUCUUCACUGAAGAUCAGCUACAGGCCCUGGAGGCUCUUUUCAACCAGAACCAGUACCCAGAUGUUAUCACCAGAGAGCACCUGGCCAACCGCAUCCAUUUGAAGGAGGAGAGAGUAGAGGUUUGGUUUAAAAAUCGACGGGCCAAGUGGAGGCAUCAGAAAAGAGCUUCUGCUUCAGCUCUGCUCCUUCAAGGCACCAAGAAACCCUCGGAGGAGAACUGCUAAGGGACUGACACUAAAGGCUCACAGGGUUACUGUGAAAAGCACCAGUUGCCCUGAUCCACUGGUUUUGCAGCGAGGUUGGACAGAUGGAAGAGGAGUGGGUCUGGAAAGGGAAAGCAGUGAGGGAAUCUUCUGAUUCGAUGAGAUAAAGGGCAGGUAAAGGUAGGUGCGGUAUUUUCAAGUCCUUAGCUUUUUCAUCCAAAAAAAGUUCAUCUCAU